AUGGCAGUCCCUCCUCCCCCGGCCCCCGCUAUCGACCCCUACUCCCUCCUCCGCCCGACGCCUCUAGCUGCCAAACGCCCCUUGCCAGCCCCACCUCCAGUCUCGCACGAAGAGAAGAAGAAGCCAGCCGUCAUCCGCCGCCGGUCGUCCUUGAAGUUUCUGCCCAUGCCUGUGACGUGGGAUGAAAAGAUACCUGCUGCCACCCAUCUUUCCCCACCCAACACGCCCCCCGCCCCUGCUCCCCGGCAAAACAAACUCCAAAAAAAGCCUCCUGGCAACCACGUCUUCUUCCUCGAAGACGUCUCCCGCAUCCCGCUUACCCCGGAAGGCCAUGGGCACGAGGCCGGGGGAUACACCUACCAAGGGGAGGGGUACAAAAAGGCGAGGGUGGAAGGCGGGAGGAAGGAGGGAAGGGGGGUGAAGAAGAAGCGGUCGUUUGGGCUUUGUGGACCUUGUGGACCUCGGCCGAUGAUGGGUGAGCAUGAGAGGGAGUAUCAUUAUCUUGAAGAUGGGCAGGGGCAGGGAGGGAUGGCAGACGUGGUGCCGGCGAGCGGGGUCAGCGGGGUGAAGGAAGAUCCCAGCCGUCCUCUUCCUUCACCGCCUAGCUCGAAAACCAAAUACCCCACCACCCCCAUGCCUCUCUCCCCCAUCUCCAACGCCUCAUCGUCUUCUUCGUAUCAGCACGACGAGCCGCCAUCGCCGGUAGUCAGCGAAGCCUGGAAACACACCUCGUAUUUCCCAGAGUACACCCCAUUAUUACCGGUCCUGAAAGCCGAGGCAGAAGCGAAGGCAGCCAAAGAGGCCGAAGAAAAAGCAGCAACCGCCCCACCUGCUCCUCCCAUCCCUCCACCCCCUCUACCCCCUCCUCCUGUCAUACCCCCACCCCCACCCGAAAUCCCAUUCGCAUCCUACCCCUACCCCUACCCCUACCCUCCUUAUGCGGCACCCCCGGCUGAAAACGGGCCGCCGAUGCUGCCGCCGUGGACAGCGUGGCAAGGCGAGGGAGGGCAAAAAGCAGAGUGGACGUCGGCGCAGAGGUAUUAUCCGGCGGGGGGGUGGAAUACGGAGGGGAAUGGGGGGUGGCAUAGUUGGGCGGGAGGGUAUGGGGGUCAUGGGGCAUAG